CAUGUCUAACCGUCAUGGAUAUUUACAAACGUUUUCUUUUAGGUGUUUACGUUGUAACUUUAGUAUUCCACGCAACAUGUUCAGAGCCGAUCGUGAAUCCAGAAUCGACGCCAUCCGUGACUGAUAAUAAUUCAUCUUCUCUAAUUUCAAAUGUAGAAAACCAAGACGAACCACUUGGCCAGUGUUCGUCGCACGAAAAAGAUAACACCGAAACGGAAAAUCCAGGAUUUCAAUCACCAAAACCGGUAUGCUUUCAAUUACCACCAAUACAAAUAAAGCUAUUAGAUAGGACGCUACAAAAUAUCCAACAAACUCGAUCCUUAUUAAACCUAUUAGAUGGUUAUCAAUUUCAACACAACACACCUUUUGCAAGAUAUCAAUACUCAAGAGAGCAACCAAACUAUUAUUCACCGAGCGCAUACUCCAUUUUACCAACUUAUUAUACUCCAUUUGGUAUUAUAAAUCCAAAACAAAUUCGAGUAUAUACACCAUACCCACCAAUUGCAGAGCAUAGGACCGCUCAAUAUUUUACACCGAAGUCGGUUCCAGCAGUUCCAAAUCCAUACUUAAUUUUAGGAAUUAAUAAAUUCGAUUAUCCUUUAUCGAGAUGCACUACACCAAUAUUUUUACCAAAAAUAAACCAGGGAUCAAGAAACUCGAAAGAUCCACAAACAAGUCAGCCACAAGUAAAUCCAUAUAGCCAACAACCUCGAUACUAUCCAAUAAAUCCAUACAGUCAACAAUUGGCAUAUUAUCCAAUAAAUCCAUACAAUCAACAAACAGAACCUUUAACAAUAAAUCAUAAUAGAGAACAAUUUGAACAGUGGCCUUUAACAUCAAAUCAUCAACAAUCUGGUAAUCCUGCUAAUCAACCGCAAAUAAAUCCAUACACGCAACAACCUGGAUACUAUCCAAUAAAUCCCUACAGUCAACCACCCAAAUCGUCUCCAAUAAUAUCGAAUGACGCAAAAUCUAGUAACCCAACUAAUCAACAACCAGAUCAAACACAAGUAAAUGUAAAUAAUCAAAUACAACUUGAUCCGGAUAAUCAACAGUCAGAACAAUCUCUAAUAAACCAAAACAAUCAAGAAAGUGGACCCAGUCAACCAGGUUACUCUCCAAUUAAUUUAAAUGACCAAAAAGAUAACCCAAAUUGUCAACCAUCUGGACAAAUACAAGUAAAUCCUAACAAUCAACAGUCUCCAACCGAUCCAUCUAAUCAACAAAAUGAACCUAAUUCAUCAAUUUACUAUCCAAUGAACUCCGAUGCCCAAAAAUCUAGUGACCCAUAUUUUCUACAACCUGGACAAAAUCAACUGCAUCCAUAUAAUCAACUGCCAGAACAGUCUCCAAUGAACCCCAUUAAUCAACCACAAAUAAACCCAUAUGGUCAACAACCUGCAAACUAUCCAAUAAAUCCGUACAAUCAACAAACAAAACCCUUUCCAAUAAAUCAAAAUGGACAACAAUUUGAACAGUGGCCUUUAAUAUCAACUGAUCAACAAUCUGGUGACCCUAAUAAUCAACCGCAGAUUAAUUCAUAUAGCCAACAACCUGGAUACUAUCCAAUGAAUCCAUACAGUCAACAACCAAAAUCGUCUCCAAUAAUAUCGAAUGGUCAACCAUCUCCACAACCAGAACAGACACAAGUAAAUUUAAAUAAUCAGAUACAACUUAAUCCAGAUUAUCAACAGUUACGACAGUCUCCAAUGCGCCCGACCAUUCAACCAAAUAAACCUUAUCCAUCAGGUAACUACCCAAUAAAUCUCAAUGGCCAAAACUCAGGUAGCCCAAAUAGUCAACAACCGGGUCAGUCUCAACUGAGUCCAUCUAAUCAACAGUCUCCACUGAACCCAGCCAAUCAACCAAAUGAACUCAAUCAAUCCGGUUACUCUCCAAAGAAUUCUAAACAUCAAAAAUCUAGUAAUCCAAAUAGUCCACAACCAGAUCAAACCCAAGUAAAUGUAAAUAAUCAAAUACAACUUGAUCCGGAUAAUCAGCAGUCAGAACAAUCUUUAACGAACCAAAACAACCAAGGAAGUGGAUCCAAUCAACCAGGUAACUCUCCAAUCAAUUCAAAUAGCCAAACAUCAAGUAGUCCAAGCAGUCAACAACCUGAUCAGUCUCAACAGAGUCCAUCUAAUCAACAGUCUCCAAUCAACCCAACCAAUCAACCAAAUGAACUCAAUCAUUCCGGUUACUCUCCAAAGAAUUCUAAACGUCAAAAAUCUAGUAAUCCAAAUAGUCCACAACCCGAUCAAACCCAAGUAAAUGUAAAUAAUCAAAUACAACUCGAUCCUGAUAAUCAGCAGUCAGAACAAUCUCUAACGAACCAAAACAACCAAGGAAGUGGAUCCAAUCAACCAGGUAACUCUCCAAUCAAUUCAAAUAGCCAAACAUCAAGUAGUCCAAGCAGUCAACAACCUGAUCAGUCUCAACAGAGUCCAUCUAAUCAACAGUCUCCAAUCAACCCAACCAAUCAACCAAAUGAACUCAAUCAUUCCGGUUACUCUCCAAAGAAUUCUAAACGUCAAAAAUCUAGUAAUCCAAAUAGUCCACAACCCGAUCAAACCCAAGUAAAUGUAAAUAAUCAAAUACAACUCGAUCCUGAUAAUCAGCAGUCAGAACAAUCUCUAACGAACCAAAACAACCAAGGAAGUGGAUCCAAUCAACCAGGUUACUCUCCAAUGAAUUCAAAUAGCCAAACAUCAGGUAGCCCAAAUAGUCAACAACCUGAUCAGUCUCAACAGAGUCCAUUUAAUCAACAGUCUCCAAUCAACCCAACCAAUCAACCAAAUGAACCUUAUCCACCAGGUUACUCUCCAAUGAAUCCCAAUGGUCAAAAAUCAGGUAGUCCAUAUAGUCAACAAGCUGAUCAGUCUCAACAGAAUUCAUCUAAUCAACAGUCUCCAAUCAACCCAACCAAUCCAAAUGAACCUUAUCCAUCAAAUAACUACCCAAAGAAACCCAAUGGCCAAAAUCCUAGUAACUCAAAAAAUCAACAACCAGAUCAAACACAAUUAGAUUUAAAUAAUCAAAUGCAACUCGAUCCAGAUAAUCAACAGUCAGAACAAUCUCUAAUAAAUCAAAACAAUCAAGGAAAUGGACCUAAUCAACCAGGUUACUCUCCAAUGAAUUUAAAUGACCAAAAAGAUAGUGACCCAAAUUGUCAACCAUCUGGACAGACACAAAUGAAUCCUGACAAUCAACAAUCUCCAAUGAACCCAUCCAAACAGUCAAAUGAACCUUAUCCACCAGAUUAUCCUCCAAUAAAUUCCAAUGGCCAAAACUCAGGUAGCCCAAAUAGUCAACAACCGGGUCAGUCUCAACUGAGUCCAUCUAAUCAACAGUCUCCACUGAACCCAGCCAAUCAACCAAAUGAACUCAAUCAAUCUGGUUACUCUCCAAAGAAUUCUAAAAAAUCUAGUAAUCCAAAUAGUCCACAACCAGAUCAAACCCAAGUAAAUGUAAAUAAUCAAAUUCAAAUUGAUCCGGAUAAUCAACAGUCAGAACAAUCUCUAAUAAACCAAAACAAUCAAGGAAGUGGACCCAAUCAAUCAGGGAACUAUCCAAUGAAUUCAAAUGAUCAAACAUGUAGUGAUCCAGAUUGUCAACCAUCUGGACAGACACAAAUGAAUCCUGACAAUCAACAAUCUAGAAACGCCAAAAGUCAACAACCAGGUCAGCUGCAUAUGAACCCUAAUAGUCAACAAUCUCAACUACCACAAUCAAAUCCAAGUAAUCAUCAAUCCGGGCCUUUAUCAGAUUCGCACUAUCCGUAUUCAAAUCAGAUGUCAAAACCUCUUGCUACUGAAAGCUCUUUAUGGGAUACAUUAUCUGAAUGCAUUAAGUGUUUUGGCAAUAACUCACAAUUGUCUAAUCGUCCAACAUUAAGUGAAAAAAAUACGUUUAAGUUACUUAGAGAAAUAUUACUUAUAAUUCGUUCUUUAGCUAGUUAA